AUGCGGGCUUCGCUGUUGCUGUCGGUGCUGCGGCCCGCGGGGCCCGUGGCCGUGGGCAUUUCUCUGGGCUUCACCCUGAGCCUGCUCAGCGUUACCUGGGUGGAGGAGCCCUGCGGCCCCGGUCCGCCCCGCCCCGGGGACCCCGACCUGCCCCUCCGCGGUUACACCAACGCAGCCCGCCGGCCCAACUCGGUGCAGAGCAGCCCGGAUCGCGAGCGGCCCGAGGACACGGAGAGCUGGGAACCCCGCGUGGUGCCCUAUCGCCCCACGCACUCUAGCCAGAUCCCCAAGAAAGCAGUCAGGACUCGAUACAUCAGCACAGAGCUGGGCAUCCGGCAGAGGCUGCUGGUGGCUGUGCUCACCACCCAGGAUACCCUGCCCUCACUGGGUGUGGCAGUGAACCGGACACUUGGACAUUGGCUGGAGCAGGUGGUGUUCCUCACUGGCAGAAAGAGCCGCAGGGAGCCCCCUGGCAUGUCAGUGGUGGCCCUGGGGGAGGUCAGGCCUAUUGGGCAACUGCAUCUGGCUCUUCAGCACCUCUUGGAGAAGUAUGGGGAAGAUUUUGACUGGUUCUUCCUGGUGCCAGAUACCACCUAUACAGAGGCUCACAGGCUAGCCCGGCUGGCUGGCCACCUCAGCCUGGCCACAGCCUCCCACCUCUACCUGGGCCGGCCCCAAGAAUUCAUCGGAGAACCCACCCCAAGUCGAUACUGCCACAGUGGCUUUGGGGUGCUGUUAUCCCGCAUGCUCCUGCAGCAACUACAGCCACACUUGGAGAGCUGCCGAAAUGAUAUUGUCAGCUCUCGGCCUGAUGAAUGGCUGGGCCGCUGUAUCUUUGAUGCCACUGGGGUCAGCUGUACAGGCGAGCACCAGGGCGUGCACUAUAACUACCUGGAACUGGGCGGUGCAGGGGAGGCGGUGCAGGAGGGGGAUCCCCACUUCCAGAGUGCCCUGACUGCCCACCCCGUAAGGGACCCCGUGCAAAUGUACAAGCUGCACAAGGCAUUCACACGAGCUGAGCUGGAGCGCACCUACCAGGAGAUCCAGGAGCUGCAGUUGGAGAUCCAGAACACAAGCCUGCUCUCUGUGGAUGGGGAACAGGAGGCAUCCUGGCCAUUAGGCAUCCCAGCCCCAUUCCGGCCAUCCUCUCGAUUCGAGGUGCUGAGCUGGGACUACUUUACGGAGAAGCAUGUUUUCUCCUGCGCAGAUGGGUCCCCUAGUUGUUCUCUGCGAGGAGCUGACCAAGAUGAUGUAGCCGAUGUGCUGGGGUCUGCCCUAGAAGAGCUAAACCGCCGCUACCACCCUGCCCUUCAGCUUCGGAAGCAACAGCUGCUCAACGGUUACCGCCGCUUUGACCCCACCCGGGGCAUGGAGUACACGCUGGACCUGGAACUGGAGGCGCUAACCCCAGAGGGGGCCCGCCGCCACCUCACCCGCCGAGUGCAGCUCCUGAGGCCGCUAAGCCGGGUGGAAAUCCUGCCGGUGCCCUAUGUUACCGAGGCCUCCCGCCUCACCGUGCUGCUGCCCCUGGCGGCAGCCGACAUCGACCUGGCGCCCCACUUCCUGGAGGCCUUCGCUGCCGCCGCUCUGGAGCCGGGGGACACCGCGGUGGCACUGACCCUGCUUCUGCUCUACGAGCCGCAGCAAGCCCAACACGUGACCCACGCCGACAUCUUCGCACCGGUAAAGAGCCGUGUGGCCGAGCUAGAACGACGCUACCCUGGCUCGCAAGUGCCCUGGCUCAGCGUGCAGACGGCGGCCCCGUCACCCCUUCGCCUGCUGGACUUGCUUUCCAAGAAGCACUCGCUGGACACGCUCUUCUUGCUGGCUGGGCCGGCCACAGUCCUCACUUCUGAUUUCCUGAACCGAUGCCGGAUGCACGCAAUUGCUGGCUGGCAGGCCUUCUUCCCCAUGCACUUCCAAGCCUUCCAUCCUGCCGUGGCCCCCCCACAGGGCCCGGGACCCCCUGAGCUGGGCCGGGACACGGGUCACUUUGACCGCCACGUGGCCAGCGAAGCCUGCUUCUACAACUCUGACUAUGUGGCGGCCCGAGGGCAGCUGGCAAAGGCUUGGGAGCAGGAGGAGGAGCUUCUGGAGGGUGUGGAGCUGUAUGACCUGUUCCUGAAGUUCUCCAGCCUGCACGUGCUGCGGGCUGUGGAGCCUGCGCUGCUGCAGCCUUACCGACACCAGCCCUGCGGGGCUCAGCUCAGUGAGGGCCUCUACCACCACUGCCGCCAGAGCGCCCUGGAGGGCCUGGGCUCCCGGGCUCAGCUAGCCAUGCUGCUCUUUGAGCAAGAGCAAGGGAACAGCACCUGACUUGUCUGGAGCCUCUGUUUCCCGAGUCCACCAGGAGCACAGAAGACCCUGCCCUCCCCUUCCUAAUCAGAGCUGUUCUGCCUCCAGCCCUGGGGGCCUAGCUUUGGAGGGGGACCUCUAGCCUCAGGGUUUGGAAGGAGCCGGCAGCAAGCUGGCUGAUUUGCAGGCAGGAGGGUGUUCUCUGAUCUGGGUACUUAGAGGAGAGGCUGGAGCCCUCCCAACUCACCUUGCCCUGCAGGCUCCCAAUAUGUGGGCCAUGGCCUUUUAAGUAUUUAUGCAGAAAAGUCUGCUUGACGCCAGCACCUCUCCUCCCAUGGGGGGCCCGGCAUAGGGGGAGUGGGGAGCUGUAGAUGAAAGUCUGGAUAGAGUCACUCUCAGCUACGAGGGCCUGGUUACAAAAUAGAGUUUGAUGGGUGGUCAAGAGGAGUACCUAGAACCUAAAAUCCCACCCAUCCCCUGAUGAAGCUGAUUGCCUUUAAUAAACCAGCUGAACUUGUA